CACGUGACUGAAUUGGGGGAAAAUCGUGAUUGAAGUGGAAUCGCUGCAUCACGUUCUCAUCUUGUCACCUUGUUGUCCAUUAACGAAAACUAAUCACGUACUCUCACAAGAUGAAUCAGGCCUUUAGACAAUGCCAAAAUCUAAUGGUUACCGGGGCUAAUCGAGGUCUCGGUCUGCAAAUAGUUGAGAGCCUGGUAUUGGGGGGCUUUUCUCCGGGCAAGAUAAUCGCAACUGCUCGGAAUCCAGAGGCAGCCAAGGAAUUGCAAAGACUUGCGGAAGAGCAUUGUAACAUACACAUUAUUAAACUUGAUGUUACCAGUCAGGAGAGCAUUGAGAAAGCCACAUGUGAAGUGGAAAAGCUUGUUCAAGAGGAGGGUCUUAACUGUCUCAUUAACAAUGCUGGAAUCAAUGUUGUGGCCGAUCUUGAUACAGUCACUGCAGACAAAAUGUUGGAAAACUUCCAUACCAACUCCGUAGCACCACUGAUGCUCACAAAGGCUUUGCUUCCUUUGCUGAAGCGAGCAGCUGCAAAGGGAACCGGGAUGGGCAUCCAUAGGGCAGCAGUCAUCAAUAUGUCAUCCCUGCUGGGUUCAGUCGAGCUUUACUGGGGUGUUCGAGCCAAAACUUUCAAAUGGUAUCCAUACAGAGCAUCAAAGAGUGCUCUCAACAUGAUUACAAGAUGUUUGGCAGUCGACCUUAAAGAAGACGGAGUCCUGUGUAUAGCUCUUCAUCCAGGCUGGGUACGCACUGAUAUGGGUGGACCUGAGGCACCAUUGAGCACAGAGGACAGCAUUGCCUCUGUGUUGUCUGUGAUUGGUGGUUUGACUGAAAAGGAUCAUGGCUCAUUUCUUCACUACGCUGGUAAAAAGCUACCCUGGUGAAGCUGCAGAUGUUUCAGAUUUGCUUCAGAUUGUUCAUUUAGCUUUUUAUUCAUGUUCAGAGUUUUUAGGUUCCUCUUAUGAGAUGCAAGUUUAAAUGCUCCAGAUUCUAAAAAUGUUUCAGCACUUUAUAUGAAGAGUGGGUUGAUUGUUCUUUUUGAUAAACAUAUAUUUGCUUUUUCAUAGAUUUUUGUAUUUAAAAUAUUUUUUAAAUUAUGUAACUGAAAAGUGUUCAAAUUAAAUAAUCUAAUAAAAUUCUAUACAAAUAAAGCUUUCUUGUAAAUUAA